CUUCUUUUUCUUAUUUAUAGACAUAGGUUAUUGUAAGGACAACAAACUGUUUUUUUUUUUUUUUUUAUUGUGAUCCUUGGUGAGAAUUGCAUGAAUUAGGAUUACUAAAUACGUAAUUAUUAGAUCUAGAUAUAUUUAAUCUUCUUCUGUAAACAGAUUUAUUAAAUUUCAUCAAGAUCAUUUGAUAUAUAUUGAUUUCAAUUAUAUGAUAUGAAUAAUUUGUAAUCAAUCAAAUGGCUGAAAACGAACUAAACCAGGUCCACGGCGAAACGGUGAUGCAAGAUGAUUAGUUGGAGCGUAGAAGGAUCUAGAAGACAUAAAAACCCUAGCCAACACUUGCUAUAUAACUCCCCACUUUCUUCCAUUUUUCUCUAAGCGUUCCUUCCUUUUCGUUCUGUUUUGGCAUCUUCGCUGCAACUCUCUACCUUCCCUCUUUUUCCGAAUCUGAAUAGAAAUGGCUUCGGAGACUGAGACGUUCGCUUUUCAGGCCGAGAUCAACCAGCUCCUCAGUCUAAUAAUCAACACCUUCUACAGCAACAAGGAGAUCUUUCUUCGUGAGCUCAUCAGCAAUGCCUCUGACGCUUUGGACAAGAUUCGAUUUGAGAGUCUUACAGACAAGAGCAAGCUUGAUGCUCAGCCAGAGUUGUUCAUUCACAUUAUUCCUGACAAGACCAACAACACAUUGUCUAUCAUUGACAGUGGUAUUGGCAUGACUAAGGCUGAUUUGGUGAAUAACCUCGGUACUAUUGCAAGGUCUGGGACCAAGGAAUUCAUGGAAGCCCUGGCUGCUGGUGCUGACGUGAGCAUGAUUGGGCAGUUCGGUGUUGGUUUCUACUCGGCUUAUCUUGUAGCUGAUAAGGUUAUUGUUACCACAAAGCACAAUGAUGAUGAACAGUAUGUCUGGGAGUCCCAUGCCGGUGGCUCAUUUACUGUGACAAGAGAUACAUCUGGUGAGAACCUUGGUAGGGGAACAAAGAUAACUUUGUUUCUUAAGGAAGAUCAACUUGAGUAUCUUGAGGAACGCCGUCUGAAGGAUUUGAUAAAGAAGCAUUCUGAAUUCAUUAGCUAUCCAAUUUCUCUCUGGAUUGAGAAGACUACUGAAAAGGAGAUUUCUGAUGAUGAGGAUGAGGAAGAGAAGAAGGAUGAGGAGGGUAAAGUUGAAGAUGUGGAUGAAGAUAAGGAGAAGGAGGAGAAGAAAAAGAAGACCAUUAAGGAGGUAUCUCACGAGUGGUCAUUGGUGAACAAGCAGAAGCCUAUUUGGAUGAGGAAACCUGAAGAGAUUACGAAAGAAGAAUAUGCUGCUUUCUACAAGAGUCUUACCAAUGAUUGGGAAGAGCAUUUGGCUGUUAAGCACUUUUCUGUUGAGGGUCAGCUGGAGUUUAAGGCUGUCCUCUUUAUCCCCAAGAGGGCACCUUUUGAUCUCUUUGACACCAGGAAGAAGCCUAACAACAUCAAACUGUAUGUCCGCCGUGUCUUCAUCAUGGACAACUGUGAGGAGUUGAUGCCUGAAUAUCUUAGCUUUGUUAAGGGUAUUGUGGAUUCUGAGGAUCUUCCUCUCAACAUUUCUAGAGAAAUGCUGCAGCAGAACAAGAUCCUGAAAGUCAUCAGGAAGAACUUGGUCAAGAAGUGCAUUGAGAUGUUCUUUGAAAUUGCUGAAAACAAGGAAGACUAUAACAAGUUUUAUGAAGCCUUCUCUAAGAACCUGAAACUUGGUAUUCAUGAGGAUUCUCAGAACAAGACAAAGCUAGCUGAAUUGCUCAGGUAUCACUCCACUAAGAGUGGUGAUGAGAUGACCAGCCUCAAGGACUAUGUUACCAGGAUGAAGGAAGGACAGAAUGACAUCUACUACAUUACUGGUGAAAGCAAGAAAGCUGUCGAGAAUUCCCCCUUCCUUGAAAAGCUUAAGAAGAAGGGAUACGAGGUUCUCUACAUGGUUGAUGCUAUUGAUGAGUAUGCUGUUGGCCAGCUUAAGGAAUUUGAGGGAAAGAAGUUGGUCUCUGCUACCAAGGAAGGCCUAAAACUUGAUGAGAGCGAAGACGAGAAGAAAAAGAAGGAAGAACUAAAGGAUAAAUUUGAGGGUCUUUGCCAUGUGAUCAAGGAUGUGUUGGGUGACAAGGUGGAGAAAGUUGUGGUGUCUGAUCGUGUUGUGGAUUCUCCUUGCUGUCUGGUGACAGGUGAAUAUGGGUGGACAGCCAACAUGGAAAGGAUUAUGAAAGCACAGGCAUUGAGGGACAGCAGCAUGGCUGGAUACAUGUCGAGCAAGAAGACGAUGGAGAUUAACCCUGAGAACCCCAUCAUGGAGGAGCUGAGGAAGCGAGCAGAUGCUGAUAAGAAUGACAAGUCUGUGAAGGAUCUCGUGCUCUUGCUCUUUGAGACUGCUCUUCUAACUUCUGGGUUCAGCCUUGAUGAUCCCAACACUUUCGGUAACAGGAUUCACAGGAUGCUGAAGCUUGGACUGAGCAUUGAUGAAGAUGCUGGUGAAGCAGAUGCUGACAUGCCUCCUCUUGAGGACGCUGAUGCAGAUGCUGAGGGUAGCAAGAUGGAAGAAGUUGAUUAAAUCUGACUUAAUUGCCUGUUACGUUUUUAUAAACAAUGAUUGGAGAAACAGUCUUUUUACUAUGUUUUAUGUUUUUUGAAUUUUCGAAAUUUUGGAACGUUGGCUAGUUAGGUGCCGUAUGUAGUAGUUUCUUUAUGGUAAAUUUGUGUCCGCUCCCUGGCCAAUGAAUUUGUGCUUUCUUCGUAUAAACGUGUAUGCUGAUUGCGGAAGUUUCAGUUCGGGAAUGAAAAUGUUUUUACUUUAGUGGAAUUAA